AUGCUUCCGGAGCGUGGCGUGGUCGGGCUGGCUCGUUGGGGUCGCCCUUCCCCUGUGUUCAGGAAGCGCGGCCUCGAAGCCGAAUGCGCCGCUGGGAAAGCGGAAGGUCCCGGAACAAUAGGGGCGGGGCAUGCCGCCCCACCGUGGCGACAAAUUUGCGCCCGGACGGGGAACCUUCGAACGGCCUUGCCCAAAAGGGUGCGGUGCGCCAGGGCCCCGCUUAGCCGCGAUAAGGGGGCGGCGGGCUUGCGACGCGCUCCGCGCCCCACUUUCGCCAGCGAACCCCCGCCCGCGCUGAUCGGUUUCGUUCGGAUUGGGUGCUCCGCGCUGGCGUGCUAUGGGGCGGCUCGGGAAAACGUUUCCUUUUUCUUUUAUGAUUGGUUUGGGGGAAAGGGGCCUCGGGCCUUUCCCUCCCUCCUGGAAACUCGGUGUCGGGCGCCUGUUCCCUCAGAGUUGUUCGUGUUUCCCAAUUGUUUUUUAAUUUUCGUUUUUGGAUUUGGCAGGCCCCGUUUCUUGUUGGCGAAGCCCCGUCCAACCUUCCAGGUGUCCGGGUCUGUGUCAGUGUGGGGGCGCCUCGGCGCGAGCCGCCCUUCCCACAUUUGGAAGCCACAAGGUGCAAAAUUCAGAACGACAAAGCGACCGCAUCGUUCGUCUGGGGGUGUUGUGGGAGAGGCUCUCGUCGUGUCCGGCCCCAGGCGAGCUUACAAAAAAAAAAAAAAAGAACCCAUGCGCUUUUCAGGGUGCAAAAAAAAAGCCAAUACGUUCCAGCAAAACACCUCUUAA